CAGGACUGGAGGAGACAGUUGUUUGGAAUUCAACUUCCAGUCAUAGUCUCUUCACACUCCGGUCAUCAUGGCUCAUUGUGCAGCUCAUCCCGCCGUCCUCUUCGCACUGCUGCUGAUCGGCACGGCCGCAGUCGUGCUUCUCACUUUCCCAAGCAAAGACAUUCCCGAGGCGCCCGGGUUCAUGUACGGAAUUGUUCUGGAUGCUGGAUCCUCACACACGUCUCUGUACGUAUACAAGUGGCCUGCAGACAAGCAAAAUGGCACCGGGGUGGUCACCCAGCACAGUGAAUGUCAUGCAAAGGGAGGUGGGAUCUCCAGCUAUGCAGGCCAGCAGGGAGCAGUGGGACGGAGCUUGGAGGCGUGCUUGGACCAGGCAGUGCAGGACGUCCCUGCACAUCGACACACGGUCACACCUGUGUACCUGGGGGCCACAGCUGGCAUGAGGCUUCUGCAUAUCUCAAAUCCACAGCAGUCAGCUGAAAUUCUGCUGGAAGUAGGCAAGAAAAUCCAGUCCUACCCGUUCAGCUUCCGGGGGGCUGCCAUUCUGUCCGGUCAAGAGGAAGGCGCAUUUGGCUGGGUCACCGUCAAUUACCUCUUAGAGAACUUCAUCAAGUAUGGCUUUGUGGGGCGAUGGCUCAGCUCAGGAAGGCCCACAGUUGGGGCUCUGGAUUUCGGCGGAGCGUCCACACAGAUCACAUUUGUGACUAAAGACAGGGUGGAGCAGCAGAAGGACAUGAUGAAACUGCGUCUGUACGGCCAGGAGUACUCUCUGUACACACACAGCUUCCUCUGCUAUGGGCAAGACCAGGUCCUCAAGAGGCUCCUCGCCCACAUUUUCAAGUCUCAGGGUUACGCAGAUCCCGUGACACACCCGUGCUAUCCUGCAGACUCUUCUGUAAGCGUAGAGCUGGACGGUGUAUUCAACUCUCCGUGCACAGCCAUGUACAAACCGAGCUCCUACAAGGCCCAGGGCUCUUUGACAGUACGUGGCAGCGGGCAUUAUGAGCAAUGCCAAGGCAACGUGUCCGAGAUCUUCUCCUUCGACAGAUGCCCUUUCUCUCAAUGCUCCUUUGACGAGGUCUUCCAGCCCAAUGUGACUGGCAGCUAUAUGGCAUUUUCAGCCUUCUUCUACAUUCACUCCUUCCUGCAGCGCGUCACGGGCAUUCCAGUGAGCACCGCUGCACAAAUGGAGGAGGCAACUCAAACAAUAUGCAACAUGAGUUUUGCUCAGAUGCUAGAUCUCGCUCCAGAUCAAGCGUCUCGCCUGAGGGACUACUGCGCUUCCUCGGUCUACAUCAAGAUUCUCCUGCUCAGAGGAUACGGCUUCGACGCAACAUCCUUCUCACGCAUUUCUUUCAAGAAGAAGGCGGGCGACACUUCUGUUGGAUGGGCUCUGGGUUACAUGUUGAGUUUGAGCAAUUUGCUGCCGUCGGAAAAAAUUGGAACUUGGAGGGCAUUGCCGCCGGGAGUUUGGCAGGCCCUGAUUGUGUUUUCCGUAUUGCCCUUGGGCGCCAUCGUGGCCUUGGUCGGACUUGAGUGGAAGAGGAGAGGACGCGAGGGCGCCGCCAUUUAGUCCUGCUGUUGCACACAAUUACUCCUAAUCUGGAUUUAAAUGUGAAUGUGAGGUUUGCGCCUCAUGUUCUGUAGUUUUGCCCAUUCCUUAUACACAAUGUCCCUGGUGGACUCCACUUAAAAUUGAAUGUGUUUUGAAGAACAUUAAUGCAAGACUACUCAGGUUUGAUAACAUUACUCCGCAUUUUUACCUCAGAAAAAAAAUGUGUACUUUUUUUUUUUUUUUUUUUAGAAAUGUAGAAUUUGUGAAUUCACAUUCUGCUGCAGGGUUUGCCGAUACAAGGUAAAGAUAACCAUGUGUGUACAAUUCAUAACAUACAUAUUUAUGCUCGAUCCAUACUUGCCAACCCUCCCGGAUUUUCCGGGAGACUCCCGAAAUUCAGCG